UUGGCUAAUCCAUUCUCAGGUGGUUAUGCACUUUUUGGAUCCGUUACUGAUACUACACUAUGCCUCCUCCACCUCAUUCACAGAGAUCUUCAGUGACACAAACAUUAGACAGUUAUCUCAGAUGCUACUAGCAUUAACCUUCUUCCACACAUCGGAAUACAUUCUAGCCAUCGCCUUUCACGGAGCGGCAAAUGUGACUCUAAGCUCACUUCUGAUCACCAAACACUACGUUUUAGCAAUGCUCGUGUCGCUGCUUGAAUACCUAACCGAGAUAACCCUCUUCCCGGAACUUAAACAACACAUGUGGGUCAGCAACUUUGGACUCAUAAUGAUCAUCACCGGAGAAACCAUCAGGAAAACAGCUAUAAUCACAGCGGGGAGAUCGUUCACACACUUGAUAAAGACCAACCACGAGGAGCAUCACAGGCUUGUGACUCACGGUGUGUAUAUACUAAUGAGACAUCCGAGUUACUGCGGGUUUCUCAUCUGGUCUGUUGGCACACAGGUUAUGCUCUGUAAUCCUGUUUCAACGGUUCUGUUCACUGUUGUGGUGUGGAGGUUUUUCGCUCAGAGGAUACCGUAUGAGGAGUGUUUUCUGAAGCAGUUUUUUGGUGUGGAGUAUGUAGUGUAUGCAGAGAGUGUUGCUUCUGGUAUUCCUUUUGUACUAUGACCACUUGAAUCAUUGUGAGUGUAUGUAGCAGAGCUUAUGAGAAGACUACACAGUAGUCUUAUCUCAAAGGUGAGAGAACACAAGAUGUAACCAAGAAAGUAAGGAGGAGGAUUCAGACUUCAUGUUUUCCCCCAUUUUAAGAUUGUGUAACAGAUUCAGCAACGGUUACAAAAAGUUGUGUUUUUUUAGACAAAAGAUUAUAACUUUGAUGCAAAUUUGGAAUUUUAGAUUCAGUAACAUUUACAAAAGUUGUGUUCUUGUAGACAAAAGAUUAAAACUUUGAUGCA